UUCUUUCAGACCUUUACAGCAUGGUGCAACAGUCACCUGAGGAAAGCCGGCACUGGCAUCGAAAACAUCGAAGACGACUUCCGCAAUGGACUCAAACUGAUGUUGCUGCUUGAAGUAAUUUCCGGGGAAACCCUACCCAAGCCCGACCGCGGCAAGAUGCGUUUCCACAAGAUCGCCAACGUCAACAAAGCACUCGACUUUAUUGCAUCUAAAGGUGUGAAAUUGGUCUCCAUCGGUGCUGAAGAAAUUGUUGAUGGUAACCUUAAGAUGACGCUUGGUAUGAUCUGGACCAUCAUUUUGAGAUUCGCCAUCCAGGAUAUCUCGGUAGAAGAAAUGACCGCAAAGGAAGGUCUACUUCUCUGGUGCCAACGCAAGACUGCACCUUACAAGAAUGUAAAUGUUCAGAACUUCCACCUGUCCUUCAAGGACGGUUUGGCCUUCUGUGCUCUCAUCCACAGACACAGGCCCGACUUGAUCGAUUACAGCAAACUCUCCAAAGACAAUCCACUCGAAAACUUGAACACCGCAUUCGACGUCGCCGAGAAGUAUCUCGAUAUCCCCCGCAUGUUGGAUCCCGACGACCUUAUAAACACACCCAAGCCGGACGAACGCGCCAUUAUGACCUAUGUGUCAUGUUACUACCACGCGUUCCAAGGCGCGCAACAGGCUGAAACGGCCGCGAACCGCAUAUGCAAAGUUCUCAAGGUCAACCAGGAGAACGAACGCCUCAUGGAAGAGUACGAGCGUCUUGCCAGCGACCUAUUGGACUGGAUUCGACGCACCAUGCCAUGGCUGAACAGCCGCCAAACUGACAACUCACUUGCAGGAUGUCAGAAAAAACUGGAGGACUACCGUACUUAUAGGCGUAAGCACAAGCCACCUCGUGUAGAGCAGAAGGCCAAACUGGAGACCAACUUCAACACCUUACAAACUAAACUGCGUCUCAGCAACCGCCCCGCCUAUAUGCCCACUGAAGGCAAGAUGGUCUCUGACAUCGCACAAGCAUGGAAAGGUCUGGAAAUCGCCGAGAAAGCAUUCGAAGAGUGGCUUCUGAGCGAGAUGAUGCGCCUCGAGCGUCUCGAGUACCUCGCGCAGAAGUUCAAGCACAAGGCCGACAUCCAUGAGGACUGGACCAGGGGUAAAGAGGAGAUGCUGCAGUCACAAGACUUCCGCCAGUGCAAGCUAUACGACAUCAAGGCGCUGAAAAAGAAGCACGAGGCGUUCGAGUCCGACCUCGCCGCGCACCAGGACCGCGUCGAGCAGAUCGCCGCUAUCGCUCAGGAGCUCAACACGCUGGAGUACCACGAGGUGGGCGCCGUGAACGCGCGCUGCCAGCGCAUCUGCGGGCAGUGGGACCGCCUCGGCGCGCUCACGCAGCGCCGCCGCCUCGCGCUCGACGACGCCGAGCGCGUGCUGGAGCAGAUCGACCUGCUGCACCUCGAGUUCGCCAAGCGCGCCGCGCCCUUCAACAACUGGUUGGACGGUACUCGCGAAGAUCUUGUCGACAUGUUCAUCGUGCACACCAUCGAAGAGAUCUCUGGUCUCAUGGACGCCCACGCACGCUUCAAGGCUACGCUAGGCGAGGCCGACAAGGAGUAUCAAGCCAUCGUAAACCUGGUACACCAGGUCGAGUCCAUCGUGAAGCAACACCAGAUCCCCGGUGGCUUGGAAAACCCCUACACUACGCUUACUGCACACGAGCUGAACCGCAAGUGGUCGGACGUGCGGCAGCUGGUCCCGCAGCGCGACGGCACGCUCGCCGCCGAGCUGCGCAAGCAGCAGAACAACGAGACGCUGCGGCGCCAGUUCGCGGAGAAAGCCAACGCCGUGGGGCCCUGGAUCGAGCGCCAGAUGGACGCCGUCACCGCCAUCGGCAUGGGCUUGCAGGGCUCGCUGGAAGACCAGCUGCACAGGCUGAAAGAGUACGAGGCGGGAGUGUACGCGUACAAGCCUCACAUCGAAGAGCUCGAGCGCAUCCACCAGGCAGUACAGGAGGGCAUGAUCUUCGAAAACAGAUACUCGCAAUACACAAUGGAGACGCUCCGCGUGGGCUGGGAGCAGCUGCUGACGUCCAUCAACCGCACCAUCAACGAGGUGGAGAACCAGAUCCUCACGCGCGACUCCAAGGGAAUCACGCAGGAACAGCUCACCGAGUUCCGAGCUUCCUUCAACCACUUCGACAAGAACCGCACCGGUCGUUUGGCACCUGAAGAACUUAAGUCUUGCCUCGUAUCGCUCGGCUACAGCAUCGGCAAGGACAGGCAGGGAGAACUUGACUUCCAGCGCAUCCUGGCCGUUGUCGACCCCAACAACACUGGCUACGUGUCGUUCGAUGCGUUCCUGGACUUCAUGACGAGGGAAUCUACAGACACAGACACGGCUGAACAAGUCAUCGACAGCUUUAGGAUCUUAGCUGGUGACAAGCCAUACAUCACGGCGGACGAGCUGCGGCGCGAGCUGCCGCCCGACCAGGCGGAGUACUGCGUGGCGCGCAUGCCGCCCUACCGCGGGCCCAACGCGCCGCCGCACGCGCUCGACUACAUGGCCUUCUCCACCGCGCUCUACGGCGAGACCGACCUCUAGAUCUUUCGUCGGACAGCAUCUGAAAAGUUCCCAUUGAACGAAGGUUAGUAACUUCAACAUGAAAAGAGAAGAUCUUGACACUGAAGCCAGCCGCACUAACCACCUUGGGCGAAAAUAUAUUAUAACAACCGCGGUAUAAAUUAUAGCAACACAAAAAUUAUUUUCUUAACUUGACCCUCGUAUUGUUCGCCCUUUCUUGGUCAAAUUAAUGCAAAGAAUUUUUGUGAAAAUUUUAGUCAUAAAAACAGUUCUGUAUUAAAAAUGUGCAAUGUUAACCAAAAAUGCCUAUAACUUUCCUACCAUGUUGUUCUCCUUACUUUUGGCUCAAAUCAGAAGAAAUAUCCGUUUUAUAACUAUUUAUAUAUUAGAGUUAGGUAUUUUUAUCUUUUGUAUGAAAUUAUCAGGAAAGUCACAAAAUAAUUAUUUGUAAGUUAAAGAUGGUGCUAAUGUUAGGCUUGACUAAUGUGUGACACCAAAAUAAGACUCAUUCACAUUGUAAGAAUGUUUUUGUUAUAUUUUAUUUAUUUAUAAGCAAACAUUAUUUAUACAAGUUUGAUUUUUUAAAUUACUGCCAUUAGUAAUUAUUUCACUUUGAUGGUAAGUACAUUAUACUUUAUGUAAGUGUAUAAAUUUCAUAAAUGUUGCAGGGAAGUGUCACACAAAUUAUUUAUUGUCAUAGAUCGCCAUAACUUGCCUGCAUCUAUUUAUUUAUCAUGAAUAUCAUUUUACAUGAUAAUCGUUUGUAAGAGUAUUUUGGUAUGAGUACUCUAAAUAAAUGAUCUGCCAUAUUUUUGUCUUUUAAUAAUGACUGUGUUGUUAAUCCAACCAAUUAUAUUAUGAGGAAGCAGUGGUGUGUAGAUUAAGAAUGAAUUAUGUGCCCAAAAAGUAUACUAACUCGAAUGUACAGCUAAUUUAAUAAAGAGCUCUUAAACAGAAAA